AUGCCGUCGUCGGGUGGCCUGAGGCGGCCAGGAUUCGCCACGCAGAGGAGCUUCUUCUCGUACGGCGUGGCCGCCUCCUACAUUGGCAAGGGCCGGCCCUACGACCCGUCCAAGCAUGUGUUCAACUUCAGCCCCCACUGUCACCAGCAGCAGCAGCAGCAGCAGCAGCUCCAGCAAGACGGCAGGCCGGGCUCGCGCCCCGAGAGCGGCCAGGACGCCUUCUUUGUCAGCAAUGUGGGCGAUUCGGGUGCCGUCGCCCUGGGCAUCGCCGAUGGCGUUGGCGGAUGGAUGGAUUCGGGCGUCGAUCCGGCCGACUUCUCGCACGGCCUCUGCGAAUACAUGGCGACAGCAGCCAACACGCUGCGCUGGCCGUCUUUGGCUGCCGGGAAAGCCGAGGAGCCCAUCCCGGCGCGGCAGCUCAUCCAGCUGGGCUAUGAUGCGGUGUGCCGCGAUCGCUCCAUCCCGGCUGGCGGCUCGACGGCCGUUGUCGGUGUGCUGACGCCGGCCGGUCUGCUGGAGGUGGCUAAUCUCGGCGACUCCGGCUUCAUCCAUCUGCGGCUCAACGCCGUCCAUGCUGUCUCAGACCCGCAGACACACGCCUUCAACACACCCUUUCAGCUCAGCGUCAUCCCGCCGAGCCUGUUGGCCCGCAUGGCCGCCUUUGGCGGCGCCCAGCUCAGCGACGAGCCACGCGAUGCCGAGGUCAGCCGGCACGACCUGCAGCACGGCGACGUGCUCGUGUUCGCCUCGGACGGCGUGUGGGACAACCUGUUCAACCAGGACGUCCUGCACCUGGUGAGCAGCGCCAUGCAGGCCACGGGCGCAUGGUACAGCGCCGACGACGCCGGCCUGCGUGUCGCCCCGGCAUCCGACCUGAGGCGGCUGAUGUACCCGCAGAGUGCGGGCGCAGAACGCCUAAGCAGCAGCAAGUCUGGCGGCGGCGUCGUGACGCUGCAGAGCCUCAUCGCCACCCACAUCACGGCGGCUGCCAAGGCGGCCAGCAUCAACGACAAGCGGGACGGACCCUUUUCCAAAGAGGUCAGGCGGUACUAUCCCCAGGAGAGCUGGCAUGGCGGCAAAGUCGACGACAUCUGCGUCGUCGUGGCAAUCGUGUCCGAGGACACGGCGACAGUAAACGGCCAGCCGGCCCCCGAGUUGCCGCUGAAGAGCCGUCUAUAG